AUGCUCAACUUGCCUGUAAUACAACGCCCCGACAACUACAACUUAAAAAAGAUGCAUGACGUCAUAACUGAAUGCCUGAACGGGCUCGCUAAUAUCGGUAUCGAAACAUCCACUUGGGACCCACUUAUGGUCCAACUGAUGUCGCAGAAGUUGAAUACUUCUACGUACGCGGACUACAUGAGAGAACAACAAGACCACAGAGAGCUACCUGACUUAAACGACUUUCUCUUCUUUCUUGAGAGCAAGUUUAUGGCAUACGAAACCAUGAAAAAUUUAAAGAAAGAAAUACCUAACGUACAAAAACAAGGCCAACAAAAAACAAGUAACUACAAGAACUUUCCCACUAAAAAACAUUUCUACGAAACUAAAAAAGGUUACAACAAAACUUAUUUUACUACUUCAACUAUUGGGCAAUGUCCUAACUGCAAAGGAGGUCACGUGUUGAUGCAAUGCGUCGAGUUCAUCGACAUGAAUGCUAUACAACACAAUAAUACAGUUGCGAAAUUACAUGUAUGCGCAAACUGCCUGUAUAGCCACGGAAAUGCUAAGUGCACAUCAACUAAAACUUGCAAAGGGUGCAAUAAGAGACAUCACACUCUGUUGCACAACUAUACAAAAAAAAAUGCGUCUACAGCUGCUGAAACUACUAACGGCGUGAGGAACAAGAACAUUUCUCGCCCAACAACUUCAACUCAACUUAACUGCAACCACUUAACUAACGACAACAUUAGAAAUCCUACUUACUACCGUACUACUGCAGCCCUACUCGAUCAAGGCUCGCAAGUGAACCUGAUAACAGAGAGCGCCGCCUAA